GUUUGAAUGAGACUCUCGUCGCACCCGUGCUGCCGCCACUACCGCGCCUCCGCCUUGGCCGCCGCCACAGCUUCAUCGCGUCCCUUUCCCUUCGACGCCCUUGCCAGGCCCAGCCUUCCUGCGCCGCCGCCGCCGCCCUUUGUGCCGCCAUGCCGCUUUAUUCAGUUACUGUGAAAUGGGGAAAGGAGAAGUUUGAAGGUGUAGAAUUGAACACUGAUGAACCUCCAAUGGUGUUCAAGGCUCAGCUUUUUGCACUGACUGGAGUCCAGCCGGCCAGACAGAAAGUUAUGGUGAAAGGAGGAACGUUGAAGGAUGAUGAUUGGGGAAACAUCAAAAUAAAAAAUGGAAUGACUCUCCUAAUGAUGGGGUCAGCAGAUGCUCUUCCUGAGGAGCCCUCAGCUAAGACUGUCUUUGUAGAAGACAUGACUGAAGAACAGUUAGCAUCUGCGAUGGAAUUGCCAUGUGGAUUGACAAACCUUGGUAACACUUGUUACAUGAAUGCCACAGUUCAGUGUAUUCGUUCCGUGCCUGAACUCAAAGAUGCCCUUAAAAGGUAUGCAGGUGCCUUGAGAGCUUCAGGGGAAAUGGCUUCAGCACAGUACAUUACUGCAGCCCUUAGAGAUUUGUUUGAUUCCAUGGAUAAAACGUCUUCUAGUAUUCCACCUAUUAUCCUACUGCAGUUUUUACACAUGGCUUUCCCACAGUUUGCGGAGAAGGGUGAACAAGGACAGUAUCUUCAACAGGAUGCUAAUGAAUGUUGGAUACAAAUGAUGCGAGUAUUGCAACAGAAAUUGGAAGCUAUAGAAGACGAUUCUGUUAAAGAGACAGAUUCUUCAUCUGCAUCAGCAGUGACACCUUCUAAAAAGAAAAGCUUAAUUGAUCAGUUCUUUGGAGUUGAGUUUGAAACUACCAUGAAAUGUACAGAAUCUGAAGAAGAAGAAGUCACUAAAGGGAAGGAAAAUCAGCUUCAGCUUAGCUGUUUUAUCAAUCAAGAAGUCAAGUAUCUUUUUACAGGACUUAAAUUGCGACUUCAGGAAGAAAUCACCAAACAGUCUCCGACAUUGCAAAGAAAUGCUUUAUACAUCAAAUCUUCUAAGAUCAGCCGACUACCUGCUUACUUGACGAUUCAGAUGGUUCGAUUUUUUUAUAAAGAGAAGGAAUCUGUGAAUGCUAAAGUUCUUAAGGAUGUUAAAUUUCCUCUUAUGUUGGACGUGUACGAACUAUGUACACCAGAACUUCAGGAGAAAAUGGUCUCUUUUCGAUCAAAAUUCAAGGAUCUAGAAGAUAAAAAAGUGAAUCAGCAGCCAAAGACAAGUGACAAAAAGAGUAGUCCCCAGAAAGAAGUUAAAUAUGAACCUUUUUCUUUUGCUGAUGAUAUUGGCUCCAAUAAUUGUGGAUACUAUGAUUUGCAAGCAGUGUUAACACAUCAGGGAAGGUCUAGCUCUUCAGGCCAUUAUGUAUCAUGGGUAAAAAGGAAACAAGAUGAGUGGAUUAAGUUUGAUGAUGAUAAGGUCAGCAUCGUGACACCAGAGGAUAUCUUGCGGCUUUCUGGUGGUGGAGACUGGCAUAUAGCAUAUGUAUUACUGUAUGGGCCUCGCAGAGUUGAAAUAAUGGAAGAGGAAAGUGAACAGUAAUUUUAGCUAUUUAUGUUUAGGUGUGAAAUAAAUGUUAUUUGUUGAUCAUUUCUAUAAUCCAGAGCUUUAGCAGAAGCUAUUUAGGUGGUUUUAUGUGUAUCCCCUCGUGUGGAACAAAAGAGGGUGGAAGCAGACCACUCUGUGGAUCAACCUAAAAAAAAUUACAGAAUAAAGAAAAUUGCCUUUGGACUGUGCUCCCCUGUAUAAAGGUUGCAGGAAGAUAUUUUUUAAAAGCUUAUUUCUUGCAUUAAUUUUUAAAAAUUCUCAUCUGAAAAUGCCUUUCAACCAUUACCUUCUGUGAUAAAUUUUUUCUCCCUUUUUCAGCCCAGGAUUCAGCAAUCAGAUGUUUAUUGCACACCUAUUACUCUUUGUUGUUGUUCUUGCAUGGUUCAAACCACCGGUGAUUCAUAGCUGCCCAUCCUUUGCCUUAUCUAACAAAAAUUUUACCAGGAAGGUAGAAAGGAAGUAAGUGUUUUUCUCAUUGUGUUACUCAGUGCUGCUGCCCACAUCCCAUGGAAACAUGGGUACAAUCAAGUAUUUGUCCAGCCUGACUGUUGCUGGCUUUUCAUGACUUUAAAAUAAAUUGUGAUCAGUAAUAGUA